UUUAGAUUUUUAGGGAGUAAACUUAAAAAUUUAUCCUUUAAAAUGCAAAUUUCAAUAUUACCAAUUUUACCCAUCGUCCUUACAUCGCGGGAAAUUGCACUUAGCUGGUUGCUAUGGGAAGGAGGGGGAGGUUGUAUGGCCGGUUCUUAACAUAAACACGUUCAGGCAUGCUUUGCAGUGGCAACUACCUGCCCUCCGGCUGGAAUUGUAUUGUUGUAUUCCCAUUUUUUCCGGGGGAAAAUGCAAUUUCAGUCAGCAACUUCUCAACUAGGACUUGCAAUUCCCCAACUGAUGAAUGGCCACUUUGCAACCGACGAUGUGUUUAUGGUGCCUUGGAAGUUGUCCAGAGACGGUGAUGAUGAUGUGUCUGUCGCACACAUUCAGUUCAACUUGGAUACAGCUUCUCUGGGACAGACCGAUUAUUCGAAAUGCGAAAGGAAGGGCGUAGUGGAUGGUGAAAACGAAGAUGGUGAAAAUUCGGUCCGUCGAGGUCGACCUCGAGCAGACAGUAUUUCGUCUCUUAUUUUGGAAGGUUACUCCUCUCACAGUGACAUACGAUGUCAGCUAUGUUGGCGAGUGUUUCCCAGGGAGAAGUCUCUCCAAGCUCAUCUCAGAACUCAUACUGGCGAAAAACCAUACCAAUGUGAAUACCCAGGUUGUAACAAAGCAUUUUGUCAGAGUGGUCAGCUUCGGACUCACUUGAGACGUCACACAGGGGAAAAACCUUUUCGUUGUACAGUUUCAGGUUGUAAAAGCGAGUUUGCCCAUUCUAAUCGCCAAUGUCCUCUCCAUCCUUAUGCUUCUUUGGAAAGAGUGUACAUGCCAACCAAAAUCUCCAGCCAUUCACCACAUGUGUCUAAGAGAACUACUCAUAUAGAAACAAGAAGGAAAAGUAGGAAGAUGAACAGCUCAACUCUCACAGCUAACUUAAACCAUCCAUUAUCAUCUCGAGAAGAUUAUUGUCUGAACAAUUGCAAAGUUGAAGGGAACAGACUUUCAAGGGAGCAGAAAGACAAAUUCAUUUCAGCAUUGGCCCUUGUUGAAUUAGCCCAAGGAUUCUUGAAGCAUGACACUAAUAAUAACCACAUGUGAUCAACGUAGUGUCUUCAGGUUUCCCAGCAUAAUAUUUACAUGGUUAUGUGCUUCAAGAUCCACUGUUCCAGAACGAGAAUUUCAAGUUCUCUCGAAAUUUUAUAGUUUUUUUUUUAUCCUUUCAAUAUUCAAUUGUAAAAUU